UAAAAGUUCACUCACCAUCUCUCUUUAUUUCCUUCUCCAAUGGCCUCGCUCCAACUCUCCUCUCGUUUUCUCGGCACAAACACUAAGAAACACAACUCCAUAUCCAUCUCUCGUACUUGUAACUAUCCUGUCCCAUUCACCAAAGUACUCUCCCGCAAGUUCAUGUCGUGUUCCAUGUCUAUGAAUGGAUGUGAAGGUGAUUUCAAGACGCCACUUGGUAAAAUUGAGACGAGGACUAUGACGUCAGUUUUGUCUCCUACAGCCGCAACUGAGAGUCUAAUCUCAGCCGUGUCUGAGCUCAAGUCUCAACCUCCGACGUUUUCCUCCGGCGUCGUCCGGUUACAGGUACCAAUUAACCAGCAAAUUGGAGCAAUUGAUUGGCUUCAAGCACAGAACGAGACUCACUCUCGCUGCUUCUUCUCUCGUCGUAGCGACGUUGGUCGUCCUGAUCUUCUUCUUGACUUAGCUAACGAGAACAGUAACGUUAACGGAGGAGACUCAUCAGAUCGUGAUCUGGUUAGUGUAGCUGGUAUUGGUUCAGCAGUGUUCUUCCGUGACCUUGACCCGUUCUCUCAUGAUGACUGGAGAUCCAUUAGAAGGUUUUUGUCGUCUACUUCACCACUGAUUCGUGCUUAUGGAGGCAUGAGGUUUGAUCCUCACGGAAAAAUCUCUGUGGAAUGGGAACCCUUUGGUGCUUUUUACUUUGCUGUGCCUCAGGUUGAGUUUAAUGAGUUUGGAGGAAGCUCAAUGUUGGCUGCAACACUUGCUUGGGAUGAUGAACUCUCUUGGACUCUAGAGAAUGCUAUUGAAGCACUUCAAGAGACUAUGCUUCAGGUUUCUUCUGUUGGGAGAAGGUUACGGAGGAAGUCUCUAGGAGUAUCUGUUCUUAGCAAGAACCAUGUUCCUACAAAAGGAGCUUAUUACCCUGCUGUAGAGAAGGCUUUAGAGAUGAUUAAGCAGAAGAGUUCACCUCUUAACAAGGUAGUUGUGCUUGCUCGCAACAGCAGAGUUAUAACAGAUACCGACAUUGAUCCAAUCGCUUGGCUUGCACAGCUACAGAGUGAAGGUCAAGAUGCGUAUCAGUUCUGUCUUCAGCCACCAGGUGCACCAGCUUUCAUCGGAAACACGCCUGAGAGACUAUUCCAAAGGAAACAGUUAGGUGUCUGCAGUGAAGCUUUGGCUGCAACUAGACCUCGAGGUGUUUCAAGAGCUCGUGAUAUGGAGAUAGAGGAUGAUUUACUAAACAGCUUGAAGGACGAUCUUGAGUUCUCUAUUGUAAGAGAGAAUAUAAAAGAAAAGUUAAAAUCUAUAUGUGACGAGGUAGUUGUUAAGCCCCUGAAAAGUGUGAGGAAGCUUGCAAGAGUGCAGCAUCUGUAUUCUCAACUUGCUGGGAGUCUUAGGAAGGAAGAUGAUGAGUUUGAGAUCUUGGCUUCUCUGCAUCCAACUCCAGCUGUUUGUGGGCUUCCAGCUGAAGAAGCCAGACUAUUAAUUAAGGAAAUAGAAUCAUUUGAUAGAGGAAUGUAUGCUGGACCUAUUGGGUUUUUUGGUGGACAAGAGAGUGAGUUUGCAGUUGGGAUCAGAUCAGCUCUAGUAGAAAAGGGUCUUGGAGCAUUGAUAUAUGCAGGGACAGGGAUAGUAGCAGGAAGCGACCCAGCCUCAGAGUGGAAUGAGCUUGACCUUAAGAUAUCUCAGUUUACCAAGUCAAUUGAAUACAAGCCAAGUCUACAAAGGAUUAAUUGAAGAAGAGU